AUGAAUUCAAAAUAUUCUAAACUUCAUCAAAUUGGUUCUGGUACAUUUGGCCAGGUGUGGGUGGUAAAAUCUCAAACCAGCGAGCGCCGAUAUGUUAUCAAAGAGAUACAGCUCGGAGGAAUGACUUCUUACGAACGACAACAGGCUGUUUCGGAGGUUACUAUUUUAGCGGAAUGUAGGCAUCAACAUAUAAUCAGGUACAAAGAUGCAUUUUUAGAUGAAGAAAAAGUCCAGUUGAGCAUUGUAAUGGAAUACGCAGAUGGAGGUGAGAUUUUGUUUAUUAAGAAAUCAGAUAUAUAUCUGACUAUUGUUUCCAAAAUCCUGAAUUGGUUCAUUCAGAUCUGUCUAGGUCUCAAAUAUAUUCAUACUCUGAACAUUCUUCAUCGAGAUCUGAAAACACAGAACCUAUUUCUAACAAGUACUGGCAUAGUUAAGAUCGGAGACUUUGGGAUAGCUCGGUUUUUGAAAGGAAACCAAGACCUUGCUACAACAGCUAUUGGCACUCCUUACUAUCUAUCUCCUGAAAUCUGUCAACAAAAACCUUAUGACCAUAAAAGCGAUAUGUGGUCCCUAGGCUGUGUUCUCUACGAAAUGUCGACUUUAUCUCAUCCGUUUCACGGUCGAACUUUCCAAGAGUUGCUAAUGUCUAUUUUGUGUUGCAAGUAUGAACCAAUCUCAAGUCAGUAUAGCCUCCUCCUUCGUGACCUCAUAUCUGUAUUGUUAAGAGUGGAACCACAUAGACGACCCUCCGCGUCAGAAAUCUUGGCCAUACCCGCAAUGCAGUGCCAUUUAUAUGAUUAUUUUUCUCGUCAUUACUGGAACCGAGAUAACAUUUCGGAGGGACUGAACAUGGGUGGCGCCCCAAAUCCUUCAUUAGGAGCGGAUUGCGAAAUAAGAAGACACAGUACAGGUGUGACGAACACACGUCAGCCGAAAAGUAAGAUCUCGCGGCGCACGGAGGUCAGGAGGAGCGCUUCUGUUUCAGUUUGCAAAGGCAGGAAUUUAAUUCUUUUGUCUACGAUGAAACUGAGAAUGAUUCUCAAUUAUCACCAGUACAAACUGAUAGCAAUACGAGAAUUUCUUCCUCAACUUAUACUAUACCAAGAGAGACAGUAACGGGUAACAACACAGGAAUUAAU